CCGCAAGAACCAAGAAGAUGAAUCUAAUCUCGAUUGCCAUGGCAACCACCACCAAGCCCCUACCCAAGAUGGCUUCCUCAACGACUACGGAAGCCGCUCACAACCAAAACGCCCCCCACCCCUCCCCCCAGCGCUCGCGGUUCCGCGAUUGUGAAAUACGAGACGCAUGGAGGCUCACGUGGACGACAGCGGCCGGGGGGACACGGUGGCGGGGCGUGACGAGGGAGGCCUCUCCGGGGUGAGGUCCGUGGUGCUGGUGCUCUCCGGCAAAGGCGGAGUGGGCAAGAGUACCGUGAGCACGCAGCUGGCGCUGGCGCUGCGCAACGCCGGGCAGAAGGUGGGGCUGCUGGACGUGGACCUGUGCGGCCCCAGCGUGCCGCGCAUGUUGGGCCUGCAGGGCCGCGCCGUGCACCAGUGCGCCGCCGGGUGGCUGCCCGUGUACGCGGACGCCGGGCGCCGUCUCGCCGUCAUGUCCGUGAGCUUCCUGCUGGCGCAGGCCGACGACGCCGUCGUGUGGAGAGGCCCCAAGAAGAACGCAAUGAUCAAGCAGUUUGUGAGCGACGUGCUGUGGGGAGAGCUGGACUUCCUGCUCGUGGACACCCCGCCUGGAACGUCGGACGAGCACAUGGCCGUGCUGGAGAGCCUGCGCGGCCGCUCACCCGCUGGAGCCUUGCUCGUCACCACGCCACAGGAGGUGUCGGUGGGCGACGUGAGGAGGGAGCUGACGUUCUGCAGUAAGACGGGGCUCAAGGUGCUGGGCAUCAUCGAGAACAUGAGUGGCUUCGUGUGCCCCCAUUGCUCCGAGUGCAGCAACGUGUUCUCCAAGGGCGGCGGGGAGGCGCUGGCCGACGAAUUCAAGGUCCCCUUCCUGGGCUGCGUGCCGGUGGAGCUGCAGCUGGCGCGGUGCGGUGAGGACGGCCGCUCCCUGCUGGAGGCCUCGCCGGAGAGCGGCGCUCACCAGAUCCUGCAGGCCAUCGCCCAGCGACUCAUCAUUGACCACGGCGGUGACGGCGGCGGUGUUACGGCGAGUGUGGCCGUGCCGUGACCGUCUGGCGAUGCAAACUUGCUGCCCCCCUCCCCCCCUGAUUCCUCCACCUCUUUCCAUCUUCGGGGUGCCGCGUUGGCAAGAUCUUAACUACCUCGCCGGGUAUGCAGGAGGUCGUGGGUUCGAUUGCGAUCCAUACAAUGCCUCUCUUCUUCCCAUGGUCGCGUGGACUUUUCUCCGGGUCCUCCGGUUUUUCCUCUCCACUUUUACAAUCGACAUCGCCACGCGUUUAGAGUAUUUGGCUGCAAUGCAUUUCCCACGUGACGAUGUUGAGCCACUUCAGCGGGCUGUCAUUUGUGGCGGCCAGGCUACACAGCUCAGCGGAGCCUUACCUGGUUAAAAAAAUAAACAUUUGUUUCGCAGUAGCAACUCGGAGAAUUGAAAUCAUUGGUUCGAUCGUCACGCGACUAACAUUGUCGCUGUUGUGCGCUAAGCGGGGGUGGGACCAGGUGAUCGCUUGAAGGCGUCCCUAAGAAGUAGCUCUACGAGAUAUAUAUCCGCUUCCGCGUGCCAUUAUUAAAUCCUUUAUAUUAAGUUAGCUUGCUUGCUUACGACCGUGCAAAUCUUUCGGUCGUUUUUUAACCCACUUCCCGUGAUCCAAUCGAGCUGACAUUUUGCACACAGACUCGUUGUGCGAGACAAUUAAUGUUCGUGAAAAAUGUUUUCAAAAAUUUUACACUUUUUAGGGAAAACAAAUUAAAUAUUUAAUUACCAAUUGCUUAAUACUGGCAGACAAUCAUCUGACCCAUAGGUGGCAGCGAUCUCAAGCCAGAGGACGAGAGGACUCUAGCCGCCACGCAUAUAAAGGAUUUAUAGUGAAAAACUUUGUUUUUACGGGUUUACUUGUUUUUCUUCACACCAAUUACAUUUGCACUGCUUUGCGAGCGUUCCGGACGUCUCCUGCGGCUCGUGACGCGACACAAAGAGCGUAGUACGGAUAGAGUUGCGAGUCGUCGUUAAUUAGCAGCAGCGGCCGCGGCAGUAGCAGCGGCCGGUUGCACUGAAGGACUUCACGUGAAGACGUUAAAGUUGCAGAGGUCUGCAGCGAAGGGAAGCGCUCGCUGGAGGUUUCUUUUCACCGUGGGUCAAGGUGGUCGUCUCGUGCAGAGGUCGCAACCGGGUACCCGAUACCCGUACCCUACCCGUACCCGGCUACUCGUACCCGGCCGGGUACGGGUAGCCGUUUGCGACCCUGGUGCGGCCGGGUACGGGUAGGUCGUGAGUCACUGGUGAGUAACCGUUUGUCGCUCAUUUCGGGUAGGGUAUGGGUAGGGAACGGCUACCCGUACCCGGCCGGGUACGGUUACGGGUACCCAUUUGCGACCCUGGUGCGGCCGGGUACGGGUAAGGAAUCAAAACCCGUUUGCGACCUCUUCCUCUCGGCAACUCCCUCUGACCUGCACAGUCACCGUGCAUGGGGAGGCGGGCAUAGUGAGUGGGAGUUGGGGAAGAGGAGUGAAGCUUUCAGGGCCCAGUGGUUCACGAGACAAAGAUCCCCCCGCGACGUCUUCACAGACUGUCGGCGAGCAGCACUUUUGAAGGCCGGGACGGCACGUGAGGGGGUGGGCGGCACGUCCGGCCAGCCGACUUUGUCUCCCCAGUGGCGAUGUUUACCACAUACCGCACCAGGUCCUAAUUUGAGGCCGAGUCGACCUAGGGAAGGCCCAGAACCGGUUCAGUUAAUCGUCAAUGGUGUUGGCCGUGAGCGGGAAGCGAACUCGGGUCGCCAGGUUCAUCGCGCAAGCCCGCUAACCGCCGUGCCACCGCUCUACGAGACACGCAUGCACGCACUGUGUAAGCAAAUCAUCGCUAUGCAUUCCCGGGAGACCGAUUAAAAUUUACACGCGAUUCGCCAUCUUUCUGUGCUUAAAAUGUUUUAUUUCAUUGAAUGUUUCCAUCAUUGUCACACCGGGAUUACACCAAUUAUAGAAAAAU